AUGGGACAAUGGAUGAGCGAAGAACAAUUCGGCAAAGAACUUGACGCCAGAUUCCCCGGAUGCAUGGCUGGACGUCCAAUGUACGUUGUGCCGUUCUCCAUGGGACCCAUCGGUGGACCACUGUCAAAAAUCGGAAUUGAACUCACCGAUUCAAGUUAUGUGGUGCUAUGCAUGAAGAUCAUGACCCGUAUGGGCUCAAAAGUCCUGGAGGCGCUCGGAGACGGUGAUUUCGUCCGCUGCAUCCACUCCGUCGGUCUUCCUCGUCCUGUCAAGCAAAAGGUCAUCAACCACUGGCCUUGCAACCCCGAUAAGGUCAUGAUCGCUCACCGACCUGUAGAAAGGGAGAUUUGGUCAUUUGGAUCGGGUUAUGGUGGAAACUCACUUCUCGGAAAGAAAUGCUUCGCACUCCGAAUCGCUUGCAACAUCGGUUACGAUGAGGGAUGGAUGGCCGAGCACAUGCUGAUCAUGGGUAUCACGAAUCCAGCAGGUCAGGAGCGAUUUGUUGCCGCUGCUUUCCCCUCUGCAUGCGGUAAGACGAAUCUCGCCAUGUUACUGCCGACAGUACCCGGCUGGAAGGUCCGCGUAGUAGGUGACGAUAUCGCCUGGAUGAAGUUCGGCGAAGAUGGACGCUUGUAUGCCAUCAAUCCAGAAGCUGGAUUCUUCGGAGUCGCGCCAGGCACAUCCAACAAGACCAAUCCUAUGGCCGUGGCUUCGUUCCAGAAGAACUCAAUCUUCACCAACGUCGCUGAGACCGCCGACGGCGAAUACUUCUGGGAAGGACUCGAGAAGGAGCUCAAGGAAAAGAAAAACUUGACUGAUGAACAACUGCGCCAUAUCGAAAUCACCAACUGGCUUGGCGAGAAAUGGCACAUUGGAGACGAGGGUAAGGCUGCCCAUCCGAACUCGCGUUUCACAGCACCGGCUGGUCAAUGCCCGAUCAUCCAUCCAGACUGGGAAGCUCCUCAAGGAGUACCAAUCGACGCUAUCAUUUUCGGAGGUCGUCGCCCGGAAGGAGUGCCCCUUGUAUUCGAGAGUUUCUCAUGGGAACAUGGAAUUCUCGUCGGAGCGCUCGUCAAAUCAGAAGCUACCGCUGCUGCUGAGCACACUGGAAAGCAGGUAAUGCAUGACCCGAUGGCUAUGCGUCCAUUCAUGGGUUACAACUUCGGCAGGUAUCUUCAGCACUGGAUCAACCUUGGAAAGGCACCACACAAGGUCCCGAAAAUCUUCCACGUGAACUGGUUCCGCGAGACCAAGGACCACAAAUUCUUGUGGCCUGGUUUUGGUGACAACAUCCGUGUACUCGACUGGAUUCUCAGAAGAGUUGAAGGAGUUGAUGACAUCGCGGAAGAAACCCCCAUCGGAUACAUCCCGAAACGAGGCAGUCUUAACCUUGACGGACUCCCACGUAUUGACUGGAACGCACUGAUGUCCAUCCCCAAGGACUACUGGGUGGAGGAUAUCGAUGAGAGCAAGCACUUCCUCGAAUGCCAGGUCGGAUCCGAUCUUCCAGAGCCCAUCUUCGAGCAACUGGAAGCCCUUGAGAAGAGAAUUCAUGCGAUGUAA